ACUCCCCCCGGGUGACAUUCUAAAAAGCGGGGCCAUCCCUAUAACGAAUUCAGCUGAAAGUUCAAGCGUCAUUCUAGGGUCGCGUCUCGGCGCGAUGUCGUCCUCAAAGAGUCGAGGGUCGGGUUUUGACUCUGGAUGAAGCGGUUUCCCGGCGGCUCUACCACCACAGUUCGACAACUCUCCGCCGUUGGAUAACGCAUGGGAAAUUCGAAUUCCAUGUUCUGGCGUCUAUAAUCCUCAACGUUCCACCUCCAAUCCUCCAUCCUCAACAGCCCCAAUGUCCGAAAACGAUGUCCCCGAUUCGACCGACUGGCUUUUAACGCCGCUCUCCGGCUUCGCUGCCGUUGAGAGUGCUCUGCGCUGCCAGGUCUGCAAGGAUUUUUACAAGACUCCCAUGAUCACCUCGUGUUCUCACACAUUCUGCUCGUUAUGCAUCCGACGGGCGCUGUCCAACGACAGCAAGUGCCCGCUCUGCCGCGCACCAGACCAAGAGCUCAAGCUCCGGAGUAACUGGUCAAUAGAGGAGACAGUCGACGCUUUUGUCAGGGCGAGGACUGUGGCUUUGGAAUUAGCCAGGAGCGGUGGGGAAAACUCCCUAGCCAAGCGGAAGGCUGAAGAUGACAACGACGAGACCAACGAUGCACCAGAGGGCAAGCGACUACGGACAUCGUCUCGAUUGAGGAAACCGCAGGCAGACAUGCCCGUUGCAGAUGCGACAGCUUUUGAAGACGACGAAAUCGUUGAGAUUCCAGAUGAUGACGAAUAUGUCCCUGGGCCCGAAGACGGCCUCGUCCCCUGUCCCGUAUGCCAAAGCCGAAUGAAAGACUGGCAAGUCUUUAAGCACCUCGAGUCUUGUCCAGGCCCAACCCCACCAAAACCACGAAGAGCAGCAGCCGAAAGCAGUUCUAGCGCCAGCGUCGGCUUCAGUCAACUACAACGGCAACAGACCAAGCCCCCCGACCGACUCCCCGCGCUCAGCUACUCGAUGUUCAAGGAGCAGGCCCUGCGGAAGAAGAUGGCGGAGAUCGGCAUUUCCAACCAGGGCAGCCGCGCGCUGCUGGAGCGCCGUCACAAGGAGUGGGUCACGCUUUGGAACGCCAACUGCGACGCCGCGCGACCCAAGAAGCGCGGCGAACUACUCCAAGACCUGGACAUCUGGGAGCGCACUCAGGGUGGGCGUGCGCCUGUUACGGGGAGAGCGGCGCAGAGUGCGGCAGUUAUCAAGGACAAAGACUUUGAUGGCGCUGCCUGGGCGACGAAGCACGAUUCGUCUUUCAAGGAUUUGAUUGCGAGUGCGAGGAAGAGCAGGCUAGAGGCGAAGAAGAAGAUGGAAGAAGCUAAAGAGGAAGAAGCGAAGAAGGUUUCCAAUGCCGAGCCAUCACUGCCAGCCCCGGUGUCAGCACCGGCGCCUUCAGAAGUGUUGGCCAACAACGUCGAGACGACAGUUGUGCCGGUGAUAUCACAACCAGCGAUAUCACAGCCGCCUCCACAGAGCCAGGUCUACGAAGCACCCGCCCCUCCACCGCAAGUCUUCGAGGGCCUGUCAUAUCCUCAGGCUAUUCCAAAUAACCACUGGGAUCCGCAUCAUCAGAUACAACCCUCAACCCAGGCAGCCUGGCAGCCUAUUGCCCCGGUUGCCUAUCCCUCGCGUUACAAUGCGGAGAGCUAUGCCUACCAGGCGAACCCGAACACAUACAUGACGCACCAGCAGCAGCCAGCCUCGUCGUGGAACAAUAGUGUUCAGCAUACGGACCCAUCUUCGUACGCUGCAACUGAAGAGUUUUCUUAUCAAGGUAACUCGCAUGUCCGGCCGCCGGAGGGACCGAAUGGGUUGCCAUGAUGCUUCUGGUCCGGGGCGCACUUUGAUCGGGCAGACGAAGAUGGGAUUAUUAAAUGAUACCAAGUCAAGGUG